CGCGCCGAGCGUCUCCGCGUCUCAUUGCGGGCGGAGAGGGCCCGCCUCCCAGCCAGGCUGGAGGCGGGGGCAUGGAGCCGGCCCCACCUUGCUGCUGAGCCCUGGCCCCGCGCAGCUGCCUAGGGCUCGCUGGAGGGGCUCAGUGGGGCGUGCGCCCGUCGCGCGGCUCCCGGGACCCGUGCGGCCCGGCGCUGCGCGGAUGGCCCAGCUCCCGCGGCCCGCGCUCGCCCUCCUCCUCCUGCUACUGACCGCGGCUUUCAGAUGCCAGGAGCAGGCCCAGCCCACCGAUUGGAGGGCCACCCUGAAGACCAUCCGGAACGGCGUUCACAAAAUAGACACGUACCUCAACGCCGCCUUGGACCUCCUGGGAGGAGAGGAUGGGCUCUGCCAGUAUAAGUGCAAUGACGGAUCUAAGCCUUUCCCACGUUAUGGAUAUAAACCCUCCCCACCGAAUGGAUGUGGCUCCCCACUCUUUGGUGUUCAUCUUAACAUCGGCAUCCCUUCCCUGACAAAGUGCUGCAACCAGCACGACAGGUGCUAUGAGACCUGCGGCAAAAGCAAAAAUGACUGUGAUGAGGAGUUCCAGUAUUGCCUCUCCAAAAUCUGCCGAGACGUGCAGAAAACACUAGGACUAGCUCAGCAUAUCCAGGCCUGUGAAACCACAGUGGAGCUCUUGUUUGACAGUGUUAUACAUCUAGGCUGUAAACCAUACCUGGACAGCCAACGAGCUGCAUGUAGAUGUCGCUACCAAGAAAAAACUGAUCUUUAAAGAAGAUGCUGACAGGUGGUGACAACAGCUGAGGACAGAAGAACUAACCUUUGACAAAGAACUGAUGCUUUUACGGCAUAAUGCUGCCUUAUUUUUGUGAAAGGAUUAUUUUAAGACCUUAUUUUGACAUUAAAACUUCAAACUAAAGAAGUAAAUGGAGAUAUCUUCCUGGACAUUGCUGCCUUAGGGUGCCACAUUGUCUUGACCAAUCUCAGAAAGAGGUGCAUGUUAAGUGGAGAAGUUCUUAAAAGAAAACGUCCGUAACUCAGUUUUCACAACCGUGUUAACCAAGAAGUAAGGUCAAGUGUAAGAUUCAUUGUAAGGUAUGUUCAAUAUUAUCUUAUUUGGAAAUAAGGGAAAUCUUCACUUAGAAGUAUGUAUGUUUACUGUAAAAUUUAAAAUACACAUUUAUGCCUGGAAA